UCACAAAUGCGAUCAAUGGCAGGGAACGAAGCUGUCAGUCGACAAACUGCUGAUUGCUAUAAACAUUACUUCCGAGACAUGUUAAGAGAUGACCGGUGUGAAAGGUGCUAAUAAAUGUCUGCAUGCCAAUGUUGUCCAAGGAUCGUUUAUCUUUUGAAAUUCGAAAAUCAUGUCUGUGGAAUGGAUGGAAUCAUGGGUUUUCAGACUGUGCCUAAAUUUACUUGGAUAUGCAACUGUUGCUAUUCCUGGUGCUCUUUUAGUACAGUAUUCAAAACAUGCAAAGUUUCUUGAUGCUCCUGAUAAUUGGUUCUUGAAAUAUGUGAAACUUUUUGUUCGUGGUCAAGAAGAUACAAGGCUGAAUGAAGCAGCAGGAAAUACUACUAACGUUAAGUAUAAACGAUCCACAUUUCAAAAAGCAGUCACUAUUAUGUCUUGCUUUGCUGGACUUCAGAUAUCGUACUUAACCUGGGGAAUUUUGCAAGAGAAGAUAAUGACUCAAGAAUAUCACAGUUCAAAUGGUGACACUGAAAAAUUUUCAGACUCUCAGUUUUUAGUAUUUGUAAAUCGUGUUCUUGCAUUUAUUUUUGCUGGUACUUAUGUUGUUGUAUCAAAUCAACCAAAGCACAUAGCUCCACUGUAUAAAUAUUCAUAUUGUUCAUUUUCAAAUAUUAUGAGUAGUUGGUUUCAAUAUGAGGCUCUUAAAUUUGUUAGCUUUCCAACUCAAGUUCUUGCUAAAGCAUCAAAAAUUAUUCCUGUGAUGAUUAUGGGCAAAAUUAUAUCAAAGAAAGCAUACAAAUAUCAUGAAUAUGCCACUGCAGUUGCUAUAUCUAUUGGUACUGCAAUAUUUCUCUUGUCGGGUAAAAAACAAGAUGAUAUUGCUUCUUCAACUACAGCAUCUGGAGUCGCUAUUCUUCUUGCAUAUAUUGUUAGUGAUAGUUUCACUUCUAAUUGGCAGAGUGCUCUAUUUAAGCAGUACCAUAUGACGUCUGUGCAAAUGAUGUGUGGAGUGAAUUUUUUUUCUUGCAUUUUUACAUCAAUAUCAUUGUUACAACAAGGCGGAUUUGUGAGAUCUUUCUUAUUUUUGUUGAAAUUUUCAAGCUUUUUAUGGGAUUGUAUAUUGCUGUCAAUAUGUUCUGCUGUAGGCCAGCUCUUUAUUUUUUAUACAAUAUCGGAAUUUGGACCUGUAGCUUUUGUUAUAAUAAUGACUGUGAGACAAAUUCUUGCUAUUUUAUUAUCAUGCUUAAUUUAUCAUCAUACUCUGACUUUAAGUCGAGUGUUUGGAGUAUUCAUAGUGUUUUCUACUAUAUUUUUACGAAUAUAUUUGAACCACAGAACAAAGCUUUUGCCUGUUAAAAUUGUUGUUGAAAAUAAUCAACAAGUGUAAUAUCUAAGUCGCAUUUUACUAUUCAGAUCUGCCAUAUAAAUAUUCUUUUUAGACUGUUUGUUACUUUUGAAUAUUUUAUCUUGUUUGUUAUUUAUUGUAAAUGAAUCUUUGUAUUUUAAUUUAUCUUUUUUUCAUGAUACUGUAUUAGAAAAAGGUUUGUAUGCAGUUGAAAAAUUAAAAGCAUAGUUUUUUAAAAGAAAGGAUUAUUUAAUUUUGUAUUUAACUAAGUAGUAUGAUUUUAUUCAAGUAAAUAUGCAAAUGAUUCCAGUCAUUGUGCUAGUAAUAUAUAUAUAUUCUAAUUUUAUGUAAGUGUCUUCCGGCACGAUUUUAUGUUCACAAAAUAUAUAGCAUCAGUUAUCAAAGUAACUAAAAGUUAAAAAUUUUGCUUAUUAAAAUUUGCGAUUAAUUGUUUUAAUAAUGAAAAGCAAUAACAAAAAUUAUUAUAAAUGAUAUUUUUCAUUCCAUAGUUAUAGGGUAUUAAACUUGUAAAAUGGAUUAAGGAUUAUUCUAGAGCCGGGACUUAUUUACUGUAAGAUCAAAACUUUACCUCAAAAUAGAAUUUUCUAAUAUUAUUCCAUUAAAUUAUUGCCAAGAAAUGAAUAAAAAUAAAUUGUGAACAGUUUUUAUUGUUUUAGAAUUACAGAAUUUCAAAUUAAUCUCCAAAUGACGAAUUUAUUCUAAACACUAGGAAUAUAUGUAUUUUUGUUAAUGGUGGCCACUGGUUAAUUUUUUGGCUUUUGCCACUACUAAGGCCAGAAGUGGUGGUCAUUUUAUUAGAGCCACCUAAUAGAUGUCCAGCGUUACUUCUUACGAGGGGACAGACAAUGUUCCAUGCCUUCUCUACGAUUCAAACCUAGGCUAUUCAGAACCGCAGUCAGCUUUCCUAGAAAUAUAAUACAGUGAAGUUUGUUGUAAACUUUAAGUAAUCUUGAAAGAUUAUUGAAAUAAUUUUUUCUCUCAAAAUGGAUGUUUAUGUUUUAUCAAAAAUUAACUGAGCCAAGAAUCUAGUCCCGAAGUGUCCCUUUUCUCCAAACUUCAAUUUUAAUAUAAUUAUUUCCAUGUUAUUAAAUCAUUCCUAUAGCAAGAACACGAAUUCAAACUCUAGCUCAAAAUUAUGAUUAUCUAUGACAUUGUUCUCCAUUUCAUGACAUCUAUGAAAUUAUGAUUAAACUGGAAUUUUGUUGACUAUUUUCCGUUUGUUAAUGUUAUGGCAGAGAUUAGUCAAAUAAAAACAUAAAUUAUGGUGUAAAUAAGUUUAAUUUCCCUAUCGUGUUUAGGUAUUUAUAAAUAAUUAUGGUACAUAAGUAUUGACACAACCACAUAUACAUAAUUUGGGAUUAUUUUUAAUAACUUUAAUUGCAAAAUUUUAUGUAUUUAUUACAUACAUUUUUCAUUCAUUUUUUAUUUCUUAAUUAGGUAUUUAUUCUGAAACUCGAUCAAUAAACCUAUUUACAUGCAUUUUUUUUCUUUUGUUUUGGUGGAAAUUCGAAUAGAUUCAGAACAAUUGUUCCUUUUAGUGAUUUAUAACCAAAUAUUCUAAUCUCGCAAAAAUUUUGCUGGAUUUUCUUGUACUGUAGACAUAUUUUAAAAUAAGGGCUAUUUUAAAAUAAAUAGAUAUUUAAAAAUAAUUCCCUUAAGGGCAUAUUUUAAAAUUGAGUUUAAAAAAAAUAUCAUGAUUUGUCUGUAAAACUUUUUGGAACAUGGAACAUAACAAAAAGGAUGCUUAUCUUUAGAAGUCAAACAACAAAAAUCAGCGUUAUAUUUUCAAAUUUUCACAGGAAAAUUUGAAAAUAUAACACUGACUUUUGUUGUUUGACUUCUAAAUUAAUUCAGUGUUUUUUUAAAUUUUCCAAUUAAUAGUAAUUUCCUAUUAUCUGAACCUGAUAUAUUAGCACUUGUUCACAGCAUUACUUGGUUUGGAGACAUUUUACCAUCAAUGCAGUUCUCCCAUUAAAUGCCUGCUUUUAGUGCUGUGUUGAUAAAAUAGUUCAGUCUUAUCAUUGUUGAAGAUAUGAAAUAGCUGCUAUAAAUCCUUAGACUCUCCAAAUAUAAGUAAUAUGACAUCAUUUCUUGAUCCACAGACUUCAUUUUCCCACCAAUAUUUUCAACUCUAAUGUUUUUCCCACUUGUAAUGUCAAACCUCUUAAUACCUUCUCCUUAAUUUUGUUCAUGAGCAAUUCAGCCUUGUUCAGUUCGCAAGUAAUUUCACAAGUAAAUCAGCCUUGGUCUUUAGCACUGGCUUGUUGAGAGAGACUUGUAAAAAUUUCUGAAGUGUAAACCACUAAAAUAACUUUAUUAAGUAACCAAAAUCUUUUUAUUUAAAAUUUAUUUCAUACUUCCCUUAUUUGUAUUCAAAGUAGUUAAAAUUUUUUGUGUUUUAAGAUGUUAUUUAUGGUUUGUUUACUUAAACUGUAUUUCCAAUGCACACUAGUUCUUAAAAAAAAAAAAAAAAAAAAAAAAAAAAAAAAAAAACUACAU